AUGAACGCUGAUCAACAUCCUUACCAGGAUCAAACGGUAUACCCUCAGGAGCAAGGUGAAGGCCAAGGUCAAGGUCAAGAGCAGGACUACGACCAGUAUGGCCAGCCUUUGUAUCCUCAACAAACUGAUGGUUACUACGACCCAGCUAUGGCCGCCGGUAACGAAGCUGAUAUGUACGGUCAACAGCCACCAAACGACUCUUAUGACCAAGAAUACACAAACGGCGAAUACUAUGGCCAACCGCCAAACAUGGCUGCGCAAGACGGUGAAAACUUCUCCGAUUUCAGCAGUUACGGCCCCCCUGGCACCCCUGGCUAUGACAGCUAUGGUGGCCAGUACACCCCUUCUCAAAUGAGUUACGGAGAACCUAACUCGUCUGGUACUUCCACCCCCGUCUAUGGUAACUACGAUCCAAACGCUAUUGCUAUGGCUUUACCGAAUGAACCUUAUCCUGCUUGGACUGCGGACUCUCAAUCUCCCGUCUCUAUCGAGCAAAUAGAAGAUAUCUUCAUCGAUUUGACAAAUAGACUAGGGUUCCAAAGAGACUCCAUGAGAAAUGUCUUCGACCACUUUAUGGUUCUUUUGGAUUCGAGGUCUUCGAGAAUGUCACCAGAUCAAGCUUUGCUAUCCCUACAUGCCGAUUAUAUCGGUGGUGAUACUGCCAAUUACAAAAAAUGGUAUUUCGCUGCUCAAUUAGAUUUGGAUGACGAUAUCGGUUUCAGAAAUAUGAGUCUUGGUAAGCUAUCAAGAAAGGCAAGAAAGGCUAAGAAGAAGAAUAAGAAGGCCAUGGAAGAGGCGGACCCAGAAGAUGCUGAAGAAACCUUAAAUAAAAUCGAAGGUGACAACUCUUUAGAAGCCGCUGAUUUCAGAUGGAAAGCAAAAAUGAACCAGUUGUCCCCACUGGAAAGAGUUCGCCAAAUCGCCCUAUACCUAUUGUGUUGGGGUGAAGCUAAUCAAGUCAGGUUCACAGCAGAAUGUUUGUGUUUUAUUUACAAGUGUGCUGCUGAUUAUUUGGAUUCUCCUCUCUGCCAACAACGUCAAGAACCCAUGCCAGAAGGUGAUUUCUUGAACAGAGUCAUAACACCGCUAUAUCAAUUCAUCAGAAAUCAAGUUUACGAAGUUGUUGAUGGUCGUUUUGUCAAACGUGAAAGAGACCACAACGAAGUCAUUGGGUACGAUGACUUAAAUCAAUUGUUUUGGUACCCAGAAGGUAUUGCUAAGAUCGUUUUUGAAGAUGGAACCAAGUUGAUUGAGUUACCAGUCGAAGAACGUUAUUUAAGAUUAGGCGAUGUUGUCUGGGGCGAUGUCUUUUUUAAGACUUAUAAGGAAACCCGUACCUGGUUACAUUUGAUCACUAAUUUCAACCGUAUUUGGGUCAUGCAUAUUUCCAUCUAUUGGAUGUACUGUGCUUAUAAUGCACCAACCUUCUACACUCACAACUAUCAACAACUGGUCAACAAUCAACCUUUGGCAGCUUAUAGAUGGGCCACCGCGGCAUUAGGUGGUACUGUAGCAUGCAUAAUUCAGAUCAUUGCUACUAUAUGUGAAUGGUCAUUCGUUCCAAGAAAAUGGGCUGGUGCUCAACAUCUAUCUCGUAGGUUCUGGUUCUUAUGCGUCAUUCUUGCUAUCAAUCUAGGUCCGCUUAUAUUCGUUUUCGCUUACGAUAAAGACACCGUUAACUCCACUGCUGCACGUGUUGUAGCUGCCGUUACAUUUUUCAUUGCCGUUGCUACUAUCAUUUUCUUUUCCAUUAUGCCGUUGGGUGGGUUGUUUACAUCCUAUAUGAAGAAAUCUACUAGACGUUAUGUCGCAUCUCAAACUUUUACUGCUGCUUUUGCUCCUUUGCAUGGCUUAGACAGAUGGAUGUCUUAUCUAGUCUGGGUCACUGUUUUUGCCGCCAAAUAUUCAGAAUCAUAUUUCUUUUUGAUUUUAUCAUUGAGAGAUCCAAUGAGAAUUUUGUCUACCACUUCAAUGAGAUGUACAGGUGAACAUUGGUGGGGUGACAAGAUAUGUAAAAUCCAACCAAAGAUUGUGCUAGGUUUGAUGAUUGCCACAGAUUUCAUCCUUUUCUUCUUGGAUACCUACUUAUGGUAUAUCAUUGUCAAUACUGUUUUCUCUGUCGGUAAAUCUUUCUAUUUAGGUAUUUCUAUCUUAACACCAUGGAGAAAUAUCUUUACGAGAUUACCAAAGAGAAUUUACUCUAAAAUUUUGGCUACCAGCGAUAUGGAAAUUAAGUACAAACCAAAAGUUUUAAUUUCUCAAGUUUGGAAUGCUGUCAUUAUUUCCAUGUACAGAGAACACUUGUUGGCAAUUGAUCAUGUACAAAAGUUAUUGUAUCAUCAAGUUCCAUCCGAAAUUGAAGGUAAAAGAACUUUGAGAGCUCCAACUUUCUUUGUUUCUCAAGAUGACAACAAUUUUGAAACCGAAUUUUUCCCCAGAGAUUCAGAAGCUGAACGUCGUAUUUCAUUUUUCGCUCAGUCUCUGUCUACACCAAUUCCCGAACCACUACCAGUUGACAACAUGCCAACUUUUACUGUGUUAACUCCUCAUUACGCCGAAAGAAUAUUAUUGUCUUUGAGAGAAAUUAUUCGUGAAGAUGAUCAAUUCUCCAGAGUCACUCUGUUGGAAUACCUAAAACAGUUACAUCCCGUUGAAUGGGAGUGUUUUGUCAAGGAUACCAAGAUUUUGGCUGAGGAAACUGCUGCAUAUGAAGGAAAUGAAGAUGAUCCCGAAAAAGAUGACGCUUUGAAAUCCCAAAUCGAUGAUUUGCCCUUUUACUGUAUUGGUUUCAAAUCUGCUGCACCAGAAUAUACUUUGCGUACCAGAAUUUGGGCUUCUUUGAGAUCCCAAACUUUGUACCGUACCGUUUCCGGUUUCAUGAAUUACUCUAGAGCCAUCAAAUUGUUAUACCGUGUUGAAAAUCCUGAAAUUGUUCAAAUGUUUGGUGGAAACGCUGAAGGUUUGGAAAGAGAAUUGGAAAAAAUGGCCAGAAGAAAGUUCAAGUUUUUGGUUUCUAUGCAAAGAUUGGCUAAGUUCAAACCUCACGAAUUAGAAAAUGCUGAAUUUUUGUUGAGAGCUUACCCAGAUUUGCAAAUUGCUUACUUGGACGAAGAACCUCCAUUGAAUGAAGGUGAAGAACCAAGAAUUUACUCUUCUCUAAUCGAUGGUCACUGUGAAAUUUUAGACAAUGGUCGCAGACGUCCUAAGUACAGAGUUCAAUUAUCUGGUAACCCAAUUCUUGGUGACGGUAAGUCUGAUAACCAAAAUCAUGCUUUAAUUUUCUACAGAGGUGAAUAUCUUCAAUUAAUUGAUUCUAACCAAGACAACUAUUUGGAGGAAUGUUUGAAGAUCAGAUCCGUUUUGGCUGAAUUUGAAGAGUUGAAUGUCGAACAAGUUAACCCAUACGCCCCUGGUUUGAAGUAUCAAGACCAAUCAAACAAUCAUCCUGUUGCUAUCGUAGGUGCAAGAGAAUACAUUUUCUCUGAAAACUCUGGUGUCUUGGGUGAUGUUGCUGCUGGUAAAGAACAGACUUUUGGUACAUUAUUUGCUCGUACUUUAUCUCAAAUUGGUGGUAAAUUGCAUUAUGGUCAUCCUGAUUUCAUCAAUGCUACAUUCAUGACUACAAGAGGUGGUGUUUCUAAAGCACAAAAAGGUUUACAUUUGAAUGAAGAUAUUUAUGCUGGUAUGAAUGCUUUGCUUCGUGGUGGUCGUAUUAAGCAUUGUGAAUAUUAUCAAUGUGGUAAAGGUAGAGAUUUGGGUUUCGGUACUAUUUUGAAUUUCACCACAAAGAUUGGUGCCGGUAUGGGUGAACAAAUGUUAUCUCGUGAAUACUACUACUUGGGUACUCAAUUACCUGUUGAUCGUUUCUUAACAUUCUAUUAUGCGCAUCCAGGUUUCCAUUUGAAYAACUUGUUYAUUCAAUURUCSUUACARAUGUUUAUGCUAACWUUGGUGAAYCURCAUGCUUUAGCCCAUGAAUCCAUYCUGUGUAUCUAUAAUAGAAACRCACCAMUYASAGAUGUUUUGUAUCCAAUCGGAUGUUAUAACUUUCAUCCUGCAAUUGAUUGGGUGAGACGUUAUACAUUAUCUAUUUUCAUUGUUUUCUGGAUUGCCUUUGUCCCCAUUGUCGUCCAAGAACUGAUCGAACGUGGUCUAUGGAAAGCCACUCAAAGAUUUUUCUGCCAUAUAUUAUCAUUGUCUCCUAUGUUCGAAGUGUUUGCCGGUCAAAUCUAUUCCUCUGCAUUACUAAGCGAUUUGGCAAUUGGUGGUGCGCGUUAUAUUUCAACUGGUCGUGGUUUCGCUACUUCUCGUAUACCUUUUUCAAUCCUGUAUUCAAGAUUUGCAGGAUCUGCUAUCUACAUGGGUGCAAGAUCGAUUUUAAUGUUACUGUUCGGUACUGUUGCACAUUGGCAAGCUCCAUUGUUAUGGUUCUGGGCAUCUCUAUCCUCCUUAAUUUUCGCGCCUUUCGUUUUCAACCCACAUCAAUUCUCAUGGGAAGAUUUCUUCUUAGAUUAUAGAGAUUACAUCAGAUGGCUAUCAAGAGGUAAUAAUAAGUACCAUAGAAACUCAUGGAUUGGUUACGUAAGAAUGUCUAGAGCACGUAUCACUGGGUUCAAGCGUAAAACAACUGGUGAUGAAUCUGAAAAGGCCGCUGGUGAUGCCAAUAGAGCUCACAGAUCAAACUUGAUCUCUUCUGAAAUUGUGCCAUGUGCCAUUUACGCUGCCGGUUGUUUUAUAGCCUUUACAUUCAUCAAUGCUCAGACUGGUGUGAAGAACGGUAAGGAUGAUACGGUGAACUCUGUUCUACGUAUUAUUAUCUGUACAUUGGCUCCUAUUGCUAUUGAUCUAGGUGUUUUAUUCUUCUGUAUGGGUAUGUCUUGUUGCUCUGGUCCCUUAUUCGGCAUGUGCUGUAAGAAAACAGGUUCUGUCAUGGCAGGUAUUGCGCACGGUAUUGCUGUUAUUGUCCAUAUUGUCUUUUUCAUUGUUAUGUGGGUUCUAGAGGGUUUCAACUUUAGCAGAAUGUUGAUUGGUGUUGUUACCUGCAUCCAAUGUCAAAGACUAAUCUUCCACUGUAUGACAGCAUUAUUAUUGACUCGUGAGUUCAAGAAUGAUCAUGCUAAUACGGCUUUCUGGACUGGUAAAUGGUAUGGUAAAGGUUUAGGUUACAUGGCUUGGACUCAACCAACUAGAGAAUUAACUGCCAAAGUCAUCGAAUUAUCUGAAUUUGCAGCCGAUUUUGUGUUGGGACAUGCAAUCUUAAUUUGCCAAUUACCAUUUAUUAUUAUCCCAGGUAUUGACAAGUACCAUUCUAUUAUGCUAUUUUGGUUAAAGCCUUCUCGCCAAAUUCGUCCACCAAUUUAUUCUUUGAAACAAACACGCUUGCGUAAACGCAUGGUCAAGAAGUACUGCAGUUUGUACUUCUUAGUAUUGCUCAUUUUUGCAGGGUGCAUUGUUGGCCCUGCUGUGGCUUCGUCUAACGUUAAAAACCUUGGUUCCGGUUUGAAGGGCACUUUCCAUAACUUAGUUCAACCAAGACAUCAAGACAAUAAUGAUACGGGACACCAGAUGUCAACAUAUAAAAGUCACUAUUACACAAGUGCGCCUCAUCUGAAGACCUGGUCAACUAUUAAAUGA